CUCAAUAGGUUCGGCGGUCAAGUGUGGCCAGAUCUACUUCCCCGAAGUAAGUAACAGUAUUCGAACUCACGUUAUUCUUGAAGCGGUGCCAUUCGGUCAAGGGCCGGGGAUAUCGUUCUGAUGUGGUUUUCAUGUGCUUCCUACUGAUCGUAUAAGAAGCUCCAUCGUGCCCUCUUUUCUUAUUCUUUCAUUCAUCCACGAUCUCUUCUCACCAUGGCUUGUCCUGACACCGUUACGACUAAGAAUUUUUCAGGAAAAUUCAGAUUUAACAAAGUGCUGAGCGACAACAUUGAUGAGACCUUGAAACUCCAGGGUGUUGGUUACAUAAAGCGUACCGCUAUUGCCAACUUCACACUCACCCUUGAACCCUCCCAAUUCACGGACGAUGACGGCCUAGAGCAUGUCAAUGUUAAACAGACCCUGUCAGGUGGCUUCAAGGCUCCUUCAGACAGUCUACUUUUGAAUGGCGAGGAGUCUUCCAAGAACGAUGACCUCUUCGGACAUGUGAUCGCCAAAAGUGUUCGAGCCAAGGUUGACGAUCUUGAUAUUGAUUUCCUGAAGGAAGGUUGGACGGAUGAUACUGUCGAGGAUGGCCUCAUCUCCGGUGUCAUCAAAAGUGACACCCCGAAGAGCGGGAAGGAUUGGGUUAUAUACGUGGUUUGGGGCUUCACCAUCCUUGACGGUGUAAGGAGAUUUGCUCGACGUUACAAAUUCACCUCGAAGGAAAGAUCUGAACCGAUCUACGUCAAGCUGUACUACGACUAUUCGGAAUGAGCCUUCACGAUAGCAAAUCAAAUUGUGCCUGUGACAAUGUGUAUAAUAAAUAAAUGAAUGAAUGAGCUGUAUGCAAUUGAUGGGUUUAUCCUUGCGUCGGGUUUGAGGAGAUAAUUAGGACGAGCGCGCUAAGUUGUCUGCGCUUUGGCGAUGCGUCGAUGAACCGUUGAAUUAGCAAGGUCGAC